AAAUAUCCCAAUAUCCCAACAUCCCCCCUCCGUGCCCUCGACGGCAGACAGCCUUGCCAGUCUAUGUUGUCCCGGGGUCAGUCCAGCCUGCUCCACGCUCUGGAAAGCUCCAGCUAACACCAGCCGACUAUAAACCAGUCGGCUAUAAACCGGUUUUUCUUCCAGAAUGUCUUAUUUUUUUGGAGAGACAACAUUGAUGAAAAUUGCCUGAUGAUAACCGGAGCGGGAGGAACCGUCGGUCAAAAGAAAGAGAAUCCAUGGCAAAGUGGCUAAAGGACUACCUAAACCUUGGCAGCAGGCGUGAUCCUCCUCAGCCACCGAGGCCAGAUUACACUGAGAGUGAGAUAUUGAGGGCCUACAGAGCUCAGAAGGAGCUGGACUUUGAGGACCCCUACCAACACUUGGAGAAGGAGCAUCAGAAUGGGGGCUUUAGCUCUUGCACCACAACUGUGAGCCUCCCCUCCUUCCCUGCAUUUGGCUCUGUGCUGUCUGACGGUGUGGAGGUGAAAGUUGUUUCUCCAAAACACAGACUAAUUAAAGUGGACUCUCAGGAGUUUGGCCGCUGUAAAAUUCCUCUCAGUCCAGUCGCUGUUCACGAAGAACCUGUGGUUCCUUCCGCCCCAGCAGCAUCAGAUGGUGAAACGGAUUACUCUGAUCCCUUUGAUGCGCAUCCAAACCCGAGAGGCCGACCGAACUGGGAGCUCAAAUCUGAACCAACAGACUGCUGCAGCUACAUGGAGCCAUUCGAAGCCCAGCGGAUCAUUGCAGAUCUGCAACACACCGCGAUGACGAACAGGACCGCGAGCGGAGACGGUGGCCAGUUAUACGAUAACCCUUAUGAGGAAAAGAGCCGCCACCAGCAUCGAGCUGCUCCACCAGCGCAGCAGCAGAUGCAGAAAAGCGACGCUGGAGCGUCCCUGAUAGACAGCAGGGAGAGCCGGCUGCCUCAGGACGACGAGAGGCCGGCUGAUGAGUACGACCAGCCGUGGGAGUGGAAGAAAGACAACAUCUCUAAAGCUCUAGCAGUUCAGUUCGAAGGAGCAGGAAGGGAACGCUCCCGAGCUCAGCCGGAACACACGAGGUUUACCAAGACGGGCUCUGCGUCGUCCGCGUGCGAUGCGACGACUCUGCGACUCGUUGGCGACACUCCUCCUCUGCUGGGUGAGAGGGUGGAUCCGUCUCUGCCUCUGGAGCAGCAAGUGUGGUAUCAUGGAGCUCUGAGCCGCUCCGAGGCAGAGUCUCUGUUGACUCUGUGUAAAGAGAGUUCCUACCUGGUUCGGAAAAGCCAGACCUGCCAGAGCGACUACUCUUUAUCACUCAGGAGUUGUAAAGGCUUCAUGCACAUGAAGUUCACCGAGUCCGCAGACGGCCGCUACGUUCUCGGUGAAAACAGUCCUCCUUUCUGCACCAUCCCCGAGGUCAUCCACUACUACACCACGCACAAACUGCCCAUCAGAGGAGCCGAGCACAUGUCCCUGCUGUACCCCGUCAUUGUGCAGACCCUCUGACGCUGACGCACACGCUCCUGUUCCGCCCGGUGCUACUGAAAGCAAUGUCUACUCAACAUUUACAGAUUACGUCUUCACAUUUUCCCACUGCGACCCUCCAAAAGCUGCCACUGAAGAAUUUGCUCGGUGCCAUGUUUUCAAUGUGUUGGAAUGAAACCUUCUUGUUUUAAUAUCAAGAAGGGCGUUUUAAAGUGUCUCAUGCAGUCAAAGUAUACUUUAGUUUGUGCCGAUAAACCAUAAUAUUUUUUUGUUCCCCCCCUGUUACUCUCAUGUGGUUUUCACUAGAUAGCCAGGUUAUUAAAACCACAGUCAAAAUGUUUCUACAGCAACAAACAACGAUAUUAUUGCCCUAAAAUAUCUGUUACUAAAUUACCCAAACAAUACAUCAGUAUCAGUCAGCCUGGCCUUCCUUUGCUUCCUUGGACUCUGGUUUUCAGAGGCUUGUGAAUGUCCUGCCAUGUUGCAGCCAUGCACCCUGCAGUGUUCUUGUUUCGUCAUGUUGCUGUGUCACUUAAACAUGACUCGGUAACUUAAACUCCUGCAAUACUAGUUUAGAGAGUAUUUACUACAGUGUUAUACAGAAAGAUAAUGGCUUUGUGGUCCUGAUUAUCAAAGAAACUUUGGUAGGUUAUUUACUGUGCUAUUUUAUACGACUCUAAAUGUAAGCUCAAAAUAAAGGUGUUCUGUUUUCCA